AAGUUGAUAUGCCCUAACUUUGAGUAUUGCAGCUGGGGAGCCAAAUGUGUUCCUCGGCGAGAAUACUUUCCGGAAAUCACCAAAGAAUCACUUUCAUGGCCCGGCAUCACGUCAUGCAUUUCUAUUCCAGCAAAAACUAGAUUUUGUGGCGUCAUUCAUUAUGAUCCCUGCCUUCAUUUCCGCUGGUACCUACUCCCACAGUACAAUGCCACCUAUCGUGUUGAUAAGAUUACAGGGCAUACUUGUCAACCGAUCAUUACAAUUUCGGAAGCUAUCGACAAUCGUUUAGUCAAUACCACGACAUCCGAUCAAGUUAUUACAAAUUCCGGCAUUGAACUGAAUGUCUUAGGUACCUAUGACCAGCCCCUAUCCCUGCCAUCCCCAUACCUCGUCCAAAACGUCCAUGACUUUUCUGACUCACAUCUGGAAUCCGCUUCUUCUCCAUCUCAGCCUACCCCAGGUCAAUUGGGUGACAUUCAGGCCCCCAAACCGCUGUCUACCGAUUUUAUUUUUAGCCCCCUCAUGGUUGAUUGCACUAACUACGAAACAACCCUUCGAUGCCAUAUCCCUCAAAGUUACAUUUCGGUUAUCCAGAAUCAGCGUCCUAAUAUCCUUCCUCGCGCCGUUCAUAACCACCAUCUUUACAUUAAUUCGGACGGUGUUUUGCAAUCUAAACUACUUCGGAGUGCCCCAGUAAAUAUUCACAUACGCUUCAAUGACAUGUCCCUUGCCAUAUCCCAUUACAAAAUUUGUCCUCGUAUUGAAUCGAUUGAUUCAGUCACUGGGUGUCAUUCAUGUCCAGUGGCUGCCAAAAUUAUCAUACGAGCCAAAUCCAUCUGCUCUCCAGGUACGGUAUCCGUAUCCUUCAAUAAUAUCCCACUUUCAUCCCGUGCAGUGGCCUUAUCCACUGACAGCUCCCUCGUGACAAUUCAGUUCGUUACGUCGGUCCCCUGUCACGAGGAAAGACUGUGUCUUUACUAUAACGAAAUUAAAAGCUGUGAACCCGUCUCUUUCUGUUUAGAUACCCCGACUCUUUCCCUCACCCAGCGCAAUGAGACGGUCGCCCAGUCCACAGCCGUUAUUCACUCUAGUGGUCUCUUUGAUUCUUUUCUUUCGACCACUUCUUCAUUGGGAACUACACUACAGCAGGGUCUCUACUGGUUCUUCGCUAUUAUCGCCGCUAUCUUCAUCUUUUCGAUGACAGCCGAUCAUACUCGCAUCGCCUGUUGCUGCAUGCCGACUCACUCCUCAUGGGCCACAAUGGACUGUCAAAUACACACGGCUGACCGAUCUUCACGUCUCCGCUGCCUGGCCAAGGGCCCGGCCGGCAGCCGAGACGUCGAGUACCCGCCGAGUCAACCACACCGCCACUGGUACCUGACUCCAUGGCGAUUAUCCGGCGUCGCAUUCACGGGACCACAUUACCCGAGUGCGGUCAAAAUCGCCCUACAAGUACAAUCGCCACAAAACCAUGGUCCGGUACCAGUGCAUCGACUCGAGACGUCCCCGUCGACUUCUGCUCGCGCACCAUCCAGAGGUCCCCUCCACCAACGGCCGUCGCUGUCGACUCCAGCCAGUUGCCACCACAAUCACUGGCCGCCAGCAGUCGACAGUACCGCCCGCUCCAGCCGGCCGCGCCUUCUGUCACUGUCCACUGACGGUGACCUCAUCGGCGCGGCUCUGUCAUGGGCCGGGAUCUCGGACAUCAAGAUCCGGAGAACCUACACAUCUCCGCGCUGCGAGCAAGUCACCCACCAGCUCGGGACGUCUACUUCUUCACUCGGUCGUGUGUUGUUCUGACGCCUCCUAUUGUCGGCUCAUGGGGGAGGGGAGGUAAUGUCGCAAGGCUUUGUUCAAAGGACUAUUGCUACAAGCGCGUAUGGCCUUGUUCAGGUGCGUGCGGCCCGCUGCAGAUCCGGGUUAUUAAUUCAACGACUGACCGGUUCUGCAGAGGUUUCCGCGUCGUUCCUCGAAUAAGCUUAUGCGCUUGCCGCAUGACGCUCCUUAUAUGAUCGCGCUGUGCGUGCAAGAUCCUGUAUAAAAGCGUGCGUGAAUUAUCAAAUACAGAGAGUGCUCGA